AUGAUAGGUGUCCUUCGGCAAAGUUUACCAAUCCGUCCAGUAGAUUAUAAUGGUCGGUGUUUCUGGUCAGCGGAUGGUGGUAAUUUAACGACGGCGAAGGAAUUGUGCAAUGACAGUGGUGGAACUAUUUUUACAUUUAAUACUACGUCGGAAGCCUCAGAUAUCCUUGAUGCAUUAAACAUAUCACGCGAUAUUCCUGUUUUUAUUGGAGCAAUACGUGUCUACAGCAAUGACAGUUCGUAUUUUGAUUGGCUGUCGCGACCAGGAACGUGGCCAUCUGACGCAGUUGUGGACGUCACAUCUGAAAAUGAACAGAAUAACGGAACAGAGAAUAUUUGUGUUGAGCUUUUAGGGGACACAAUGUCCUUGACACAUUGCGCUAGAUUCAUGAAUGUAACCAUCUGCGAGCAAGAUGAUGCUCUGGAAUGCUAUGUAAACCAAGAUUCCCUUGAACCGGUUACUAAUUCCGUCAAGACAGGUACGUAUUCUGCGUUGAUGACACCAGACCUUCCGCCAACUGGUAAUCUGUCAGCUUAUCUGAACGAUGACAUGAAUAGUUUGGAGCAGACGACAAUUUCUGAAGAAAUUUGUAACAGUACAUCAUGUAUAACUGCAGGAAGCAUGAUAAACAGUACCCCUGUACCUAAAAACUUGAACUUGAGCAGUGACCAAUGGGGCCUAACAGCAAACAAACAAACCACCGAGCCAACGGAAGUAGAUUUAGGAGAGUUGAUGGUAAUACCCGAUGGAAAUGGUACACGAAUAACCAAUUUUUCCACACUUUUAUCUGAAAUCUUCGAAAAAUCCAAACCUAAUAUCUCUAAAGAGGUACUAGUUACUACAGAUUUGCCGAGCACAACAAACAUGUCUGGUAACUAUGGUAACAAUAGUAAAAAUCAGCAUCACAACAUAACACAUGGAACUCCAGUUAGAGAAGCUAAAUUCCAGACCGCGAACACGGACAAAAUAUUUCACGGAAGAGUUCAAAUUUCAGGAAUUAACAGCGGUUCGGUACAACCGUAUUCUCUCCUAAUAGACAAGUAUCACCAUGAGAUAGAAGAACUGGAAAAUAUAAGCAGAAUAUUGAACACAUUGAAACAUGAGCAGCAGGUCGACAAUAACACAUUAAUGGUGUUUGCAGAAACCGUAGGGAUAGCUACAGGCGACGUACAGAUAACGGCUGAAACAGAACAAUUAAAGAAAGACCUAUUCUCGGACAUAAUGAGUGUUGGUGAAGAUCUUGUAACAAGGUUCCCCGCAUCAACAGCAGAACUCUCCAUUACCACUGAUAAGUUAGUAUUAUAUUCACGGAUAGUGAAACCUUCAGGACGGAGGGCAUCUGAUGUGUCCCUUGAGGUUGACCAUCCUCAUACAGACACCCAUAUAAAACUCAUCAAAUCUAUCUUUGAAGCAGAAGAUAACACAGGAUUUCGCGUAUCAACUAUUGCGUACAAGAAAAUGGGUAGUUUUGUGAAAGCCAGUAACAAAUAUUUGACGAGCACUGUAGUCUCCGUAACUGUCCAAACUAUCCAAGGUAAUGAAACAAAACAUGCGACAAUAAGGAAAAAAGAUGCAAUAACGUUUGACAUGAAAACACAUGUACAAAUGAACAAGAAGGAGCAAAAGCGAAUGUGUACAUUCUGGGAUUUUUCUAGAAGGAAGUGGUCCUCGUCAGGGUGCAGUGUUGUCUCCAAAAAUACCACCCAUACAAAAUGUACAUGUGAUCAUCUGACCAACUUUGCCAUACUCGUCAUGUAUGUAGAAACUGAAAACAUUUCACUACAAAGCCAGCAAGCGUUGUUUACACUAACGACUGUUGGAUGUAGUUUAUCUAUAGCAUGUCUAGCUAUGACGUUAAUUUGCUAUAUAUAUCUCAAAAUGUUGACAAACGAGAAGAUAAUGAUCCAUGCUAACCUAUCUCUGGCGUUGUUGCUAGGUCAAAUUGUGUUUGUUGCUUCAGGGGAUGCCCACAGAUACGCUAUGGCGUGUAAAGUUGUGGCUAUUCUGUUACAUUUCCUGUUCAUGGCAUCAUUUACGUGGAUGAUGGUUGAAGGUAUAGCACUCUAUCUCUGCUGUACGAAGGGUAUAUUCCAUCAUCGUGACAUGCGCGUCAAGUACUUCCUGUUUGGCUGGGGACUCCCGCUGAUCAUUGUCGUAAUAUCCCUGGCAGCGCGCUUUCCGGAUUACGGCAGUGGACCCCAAUACAGUUGCUGGUUGUCAAUAGAUGAUGGAUUAAUCUGGGCGUUCCUCGGACCAAUGCUGGUCAUUGUAGUGCUGAACAUUGGAGUAAUGGGACUGGUCAUCAAAUGUUUCCUAACACUAAGAGCAAAUUCUGAGAAGACUGAAGCUGCCAGGUUGAGAGGUAGUCUACGAGCUAUGAUGACGUUGUUACCGUUGCUAGGUGUCACGUGGAUACUGAGCUUGUUGGUGCCGUUCAGUGUCGUAUUUCAUUACUUCUUUGUCAUCUUCAACACCGUCCAGGGAAUGUGUAUCUUCUUCCUCCAUUGUAUUUGCAAUGAAGAGAUCCGGAAGAAGUUUUACGAGAAGAGACGGCGCUGGUCUACGACCAGAACUGGUUCAGACGCCGAGAUGACGUUUCCAAGCAGACGUAAAACUGGGAGCUUUGACGCCAUUCGUAUUGCCGCGACUGCUACCCCGCUACCGGCGGAAUAUGCUUCUAGACCUGCAUGGUCAUAAAUAGGUGAUUCUAAAUAGGUGGGCAGAUAUAAACCACGUCGUUGGUAGGGAUGUAAAUAUUUGGAAGGAAUGACAAUUUCAAAUAGAGGAA